AUGAAUAACAAUUGAGUCCCAAAGCAGAUCGCCAAACAAAUGAAGGAAUUCAAGCCUAAAAGAAGUAGUAAAACAACUAAGCCAGCUUAUGUAAACUACAGAGUUAUGGACUUUAACACAGUCAGCUGAAUUACUCCAGUUCAAGAAGUCACAGUUAAGAAGAGGAACAGAUCUCAAGAGUCCAUCCAUCGCCCGAAGAUCUAUGAUGCUGCUUCAAAAUGGGUAAAUAGCAGAGAUGAGCACUGGACAAAAUAAACACAACUCUGGAAGAAAAAGCUAUAACAGGGAUUUCAAAUUCGAUAAGUGGGAGUCAACUCAUCUCUUUGAAACAGGACUUAAGACCUACCUAGAUUCCCAAAUCAAUGAGAAAUUAGACUGAAAAUAGAACUUUGAAAGAUACCUUCAAAGGAAAAGUUGGUAAAAUAGAAACUGAGAUCAUGAGUCACCUCCAAGACAAAGUAUUGCACAGAAUGAAAACAUCAAAGCAACGUGUCCAUAAUCUGGUUGAAACCCACCAAAACCAAAAGAAGUUACAGGAUAUGAUCAGUGAAAGACUAAGAAAAGAAAGCCAGCACAUUAAAACUAUGCAUGAUCAAGCUGUGCAGGCUAACAUAGAGGAUCUCGAGCCUUCAUAUAUGAGACUACCGAAAGACCCUCGAUGAAAAUAAUCAAGAUUUUAAGGAAAUUACGAAACGAAAUAAGUCAAAAUUUUGAAGAUCAAGAAUCAAACCCAAAAAGGAUAGCUUCCAAAGUGAAAAUAGCGAAGAGGCUCCUCAAGAAAAGACUAAGAAUUAUAAAUUUGAGAGGAAUGCAAGGAAGAUGCCAAACAACAGAGGCAGCAUGAUAGAUCUCAGAAUGAAUUUAGCCCAGCAAAGGUCUCAAAAAGUGAUUUCAAUUCCUCACCACGACAAAUCUCAUGAGGCAGCAAAAUUAAGCUCUGUAAAGGCUCAUUCACACAAGAAAUUUUCGUCUAAGACAAGCAUGAGAACUAGGAAGAACAGCAAUCUUGAAUUUGAUGAUAGUUUAAUGUUACAACAAGAUUUAAUCAGAAUACUUGAAGGGGUAUCUGCCCAUCAGACAGCAGAAAAGCCUAGCUUUCAAUCAAUACAAAAAUGAUUCAUUGCACUUGAAAGAAUGAGCAAGGAAAGCAAGCAGACAAAGUACUACAUUGACAUUGUUUCAAAAAUAUUAAAGAAGAGUGUCUAUUGUAAAGGAUUUGAGAUUCCUGAAAUCUUAUUCGAACAAAUGAAAGCAAAAGAAGACACCAUGAGCGUUCAGGUUGAUGAUGACAUUCCAUAUUUUCAUAUAAUCCAGGAAUCACUUAUUAGUCUCUCAAGCGUUGUCAACAAAACCAGAGAGAUAGAGAGGGAUAGUAGGAACAAAGUGGAAGAACUUAAGGCUCAGAUGAAAGUUAACCAAAUUCAGUUGGAUAAAUUCCAGUCUGAAUUUGAGUCAAUGAAAACUCUUAACCGGAAAUCAAUGAAAACCAAAUACCUCGAGCUAGCAAACAAAGUUGCUACCUUGAGUAAAGAGAAUCAUCUGCUAUUUUAUCAAAAAGAGAAUGCGAAAGAAGAGGCUGAUAAUUAUGCAGUAAAAAUAGCAGUAAAGGAUGAUGAGCUAAACUCUGCCAAGGAAGAAAUCAGAUCUCUACAGAUGGAUAUCAUAAACUGGGAGUCAAAGUACAACAAAUUGUUUGAAGAGAGAAUUGAUCUACUUCAGAAAAUGCAAUAUCCUGAGGCUUAA